CUGUCUGGCCCUGAUUAUCUCUGCUGCCGCCAGCGCCGCUGCUCGGUUGAGUCUGUGUCCCCAGACCCGGCACUCAAGGCCCCAGCCAUGCUGCCUGCGGCCACAGCCUCCCUCCUGGGGCCCCUCCUCACUGCCUGCGCCCUGCUGCCUUUCGCCCAGGGCCAGACCCCCAACUACACCAGACCGGUGUUCCUGUGCGGCGGGGAAGUGAGUGGGGAGUCAGGUUACGUGGCCAGUGAGGGCUUCCCCAACCUCUACCCCCCCAACAAGGAGUGCAUCUGGACAAUCACGGUCCCAGAGGGCCAGACUGUCUCCCUAUCCUUCCGGGUCUUCGACCUGGAGCUGCACCCCAGCUGCCGCUAUGAUGCCCUGGAGGUCUUCGCAGGAUCGGGGACCUCUGGGCAGCGGCUCGGCCGCUUCUGUGGGACGUUCCGGCCGGCGCCCGUGGUGGCCCCGGGCCACCAGGUGACCCUGCGGAUGACCGCGGACGAGGGCACCGGAGGACGCGGCUUCCUGCUCUGGUACAGCGGGCGGGCCACCUCGGGCACCGGCCCCCCCCCAGGCGCGAGGCGGAAGUGGGUCACCGACCCGCGGGUGGAAUGGGCGGCCUGGGGUUACUGGGAUGAGCACCAGUUUUGCGGGGGGCGUCUGGAGAAGGCGCAGGGGACCCUCACUACACCCAACUGGCCUGAGUCCGACUACCCCGCGGGCAUCAGCUGUUCCUGGCACAUCAUCGCGCCCCAGGACCAGGUGAUCUCGCUGACCUUUGGGAAGUUUGAUCUGGAGCCAGACACUUACUGCCGCUAUGAUUCUGUCAGUGUGUUCAACGGGCCUGUCAGCGAUGAUGCCCAGAGGCUGGGGAAGUUCUGCGGGGACUCGGCCCCGGGGCCUAUCUCCUCCCAAGGCAACGAACUUCUGGUCCAGUUUGUCUCUGACCUCAGCGUCACAGCCGAUGGCUUCUCAGCCACCUACAGGACCGUCCCUCGGGGCGCUGUGGAAGUAGCACCUGCGGGGGGACCCAAGAAGGACCCCCAGCCUGCCAGCCCCAAGCCUGGAACUGGUCCCAAAGUCAAGCCCAAAUCCCCACCAACAGAGAAGCCCAAGGUCUCUCCUGAGUCCGCAGCCACCCCGGAGGAGCCCAAUGUGCCCAGUGUCCCCUGCCCGAAUCAGUGUCGGCGGACUGGGACCUUGCAAAGUCACUUCUGUGCCAGCAGCCUGGUGGUGAUCGGGACAGUGACCUCCAUGGUUUGGGGCCCGGGGAACGGCCUGACCAUCACCGUGAGUCUCCAGGCCGUCCACAAAGAUGGUGGCCUGAACCUGCCCAACCCACCGGCUGACAAUACCAACCUCAAGUUUUACGUUCCCUGCAAGCAGUGCCCAGCCUUGAAGAAAGGAAUCACUUACUUGCUGCUGACCCAGGUGGAAGAGGGCAGAGGGCCCGUGCUUUCUCCCCAGAGCUUCGUGGUGGCCUACCGACCAACCCAGGACCAGAUCCUUGCCAACUUCAAGAAGAGGAAGUGCCCCGCCCAGCCUGUGCGUGCCACCAGGUCUCGGGCCUGAGCCUCGGGCCAGCUGCCAACCCCUGUGUGUGGGAAUCAACCCCUUUCUGUCCAAAUAAAAUGUCUAUUGACCCAGGAAGAA